AAAACUGUGUGGAUCAAAAUCACUAUCAUAUUUGACUCAGGUGAUACCAUGAAUAUGUUCUGUACCCUGUUGUCGGUAUUUGUCACCAUUGUUCACGUUGCGUCUUUCUCACUACUCACAGACGAGAAUGGACACAACAUCACCGACAUUGGCAGAGUGGAUGAGCAAAACGUGGAAAUAUUUAAACAACUCCUGAAUCAAGAGACCUUAAUCAGAAUGGCCUUAGUGAGAAAUGUCCACAUUCUGAUGAAAGACAUGAUAACCGUGAAAGAAGGCCUAGCUGCAGCUGAAAAGAAGAUUGUUGAAAAUCAGGCUUCUGCUGAUCGGGAAAUAGCGGAAUUAAAAAGAGAAGUGAAAAUACUGAAACGCGAAAACAGCCUGUUGAAAAAUGAAAGUUAUGUACACAAACAACAUCUUGCGAAUAUGGAUGAGAACAUCACACAGAUUAUGCAGCACAAUCAAGACGUUCAAAUAAAAAACGAGGCCGAACGGAAAAUGUUUGAGAAAAAUAUUUCCGAUACAAUUUCGGACAUCAAAAUUGAAGUUCGUUAUAUGUCGGUAACCUUACUUGAUUUAAAAUCACAAACACGCGAUAUCGAAAGUCGUAUUCCCGAUUCUAUCGAAGAAAAGAGCAUGACAAUUUUCAGAGCUGUGAAUUCUUCGUUAAACGAUAUCAACACAAAGUUAUUGUCUACGGACAACAAACUUGCAGCUGCAGUUUCCAAACUCGAAAAGUCACAAGCAGAAACUGCAUUAUCUUUUUCUGAUGAUGUGAAUGCUACAAUAGAAAGUCUGAAAGCUGAAUUUAAGCAAUCUCAGUUUGAACAACUGAAGUUAUCUGCUGCAGUUACCUCUCUGGAGAUGUUCCGAAUGAAUGUGACAACUUGCGGUCAGCCAAAGAAAGUGGCUUUCACCGUUGGAGUGAUGUCUUCAAAUACCGGUUGGAACAGUGGCGCGUUAAUAUUUCCCUCGGUAAUCAGUAACGUUGGUGGUGGGUAUAAUCCCUCAACCGGAAUCUUCACUGCCCCCACUGAUGGAAAUUAUAUCUUCUUCCUUACUGUCGUGGAGUACCAAAAACAGUAUAGUAAGGUAGACAUUGUUAUGAAUGGGGUUUCUAAAGUCAGAACUAUGGGACACUCAGAUGCAUCUUACCAGACGGGAGUAAACAUGGUUUUUCUGCAGCUUCAGCAGGGAGAUGCAGUGUGGGCCAGAAGAUAUAGUGGUACUGGCUAUUAUUCCAACAGUGUUCCCAUUACAACGUUCUCGGGCUUCCUCUUGUAACUUUGAUUUUCCAAGAAA